AUGAAUCAGUGCAUACAAACAUCAAAACUAAACGACUCCGACCCGGCCCAGGAGCACAGCAGACCCGCCACCGCCGAAGAAGGGAGGAAGCCGCAGCCCCAGUUCAUUUCAAGCCGCCGGAGCCGCAGACAGAUACAUACCCUCAAGCGACGGAUCGCCACGAUGGCCAAGAAGCGUCGCGCGUCCACAUCUUCUGCCCAGAAGGCGUCGCCUGCCGCUGCUGCCAUGAGCUCGUCGCCCUUCCCGUACCCUUCUCCGGCGACGCCCAGUCGCUCGAGUCGCUUCAACUUGCCGCGCGUACACACGUCGCGUUCGGGUGUGGCCGCCAGCACGCGCUCGCAGCUCACUGUGGCGCAGCUGCCUGUAUUGUCACCUCCACUCAAGAAACGCGUCACGUCGCGACGCAGCGCCAAAGCCGUCAAACUCCAGUUGCCAGACGACGAUGUAGAUGAAGACGAGAAUGAUGGUAGGACCAACUGCUGCGUGCACAACAGCGACACCGAGACGGAGGACGAUGAAGAGAAGCUGCUGCUUAUUAAACCUGAUCCGUAUCUGCCUGAGUCCUAUCAACACCGAGCCGCCGUACUCCGACACGCUGGGAGCUUCUACGACGCCAUGCUCACUCGAGCGCGUGUCCACAACAACCACAGCGAGUUCAUCGCGUUACAGGCGCUCGAGUUCGACAAGCAGUUCUAUCUCUGGACCAGAGCUGGACGUGUCGGAUGUGCAGGCAAGACGACGCUCACAGGCCCUUUCCCGAGUGCUGAGAAGGUCACACUCGAGUUCUGCACGUUGUUCGCAUCCAAUACCAACUGCGAGUGGGAGGAGCGUCAUGCUCUGAGAUACCAAGAAGGCAGCUACACGUGGAUCGAGCUCGACUAUUCAACUGGAACGCCGUAUUCCGAGUCGCUAACAUCGGCGCUGGCAGACAAUCAGGGAGAAAUGGACAACGCAGACAGUUUCCGAGACUUUGACCUGGUUCCGACGGCGUCUCCGCCGCUUCCGAUGGCUCCGUCUAAUACGCGCAAGCGACGUCGAGCGGGUAUAUGGACGACGUACUCCACUGCAACGUCAACUUCGACCACGACUGCAACGUCCAGCACCAGUGUACGACGGUCGCUGAGCAACCAGUUCGACUGGCUGUAUGCAGGUUCAGACGGAGACACGGCCAGUGCAGCGUCCACCGAGACUUCCACGUGCGCGUGUGCCACUGCGCCGCCGUCGCGAUUGCCUACCGAGGUGCAGGACUUUUUGACGCUCGUUGCGGACCACACGGAGCUGUCGUAUGCUUAUACAGUCACAGACGAGCUGUUGGGGGACGCUAUCAUGAAGUUGCCACUCGGCCGUCUGUCCAAGACGACCAUUAAACGGGGAUACGAGACGCUGGAGGAGAUUUACGAAGCGCUUCAGAGUCGACAGGUGUCUCGAGCGCGACUGUCGAACCUCAGUAGCCACUUCUACUCACUUAUUCCGCACCAUUCGCGUCUGGAAGUUAUUGAUACGAUGGUGAAACUAGGCAAGAAGGUCCAGCUGAUGGCUGAAGUCGGGGCGAGUGUGCGUGGGAUGGUUCACGAGUUUGUGGCUCGACGGUGUGCGUCGAGAAACUACUUGGAUGCGUGUUACGAUUUGUUAGAGUGUGAGCUGCAACCUGUGAAGAGCUCGGACCCCGAUUUUGCGCUAAUUCAGACGUACAUUCGUAACUCCAACUGCUGCGGGCGGAAGCAAGACCGAUUGCAGUUGCUGUCGGUCUUUCGCGUUGAGAAGCCCGAGCAGGAGACGCGCUUUGAGCCUUUCCGCACAUUUACCAACCGACGGAUUCUCUGGCAUGGCAGCCACUUGGCGAACUGGUUGGGCAUCUUGUCGGAAGGGCUGCGUAUCGCACCGCCUGAAGUUGCGUCGAAUGGACGGACGUUUGGUAAAGGACUGUACUUCACGGAUAAAGUGACAAAGGCACAGGCGUAUUGCCACUGCAGACCUACGAACGGCCAUAAUCAGUGUGUAUUCGCGCUGAGUGAAGUGGCGUUGGGUGAGAGCAAGGAGAUGCUCAACUCGGACGACAAUGCCAAGCAGUUUGUGCACACAGGAGCUGGAGGGCGUGCGAAGGGAGCCUACUAUCACAGCUGCAAAGGUGUGGGGUCGUGUCGUCCGGACUCUGCUGGUGAAGUUGUGGAUAUCCACGGAGCCAUUUGGCCCGUAGGGAAACCAGUCCAACCGGAGGAGCGAACGGGACUGCACCACAGCGAGUAUAUCAUCUACAACCCCAGCCAGACUCGGAUGCGCUACGUCGUGCUGGCAAGGAGUCCGUACUAA